GACGGCGCCGGUGGAGCGGGCUGCGGCCGAGGCGGCUCACGACCCUGUGCUCCUGGUUCAUCUUCCGGGCCUCUCUCUUGCAAAAAUCCCUAGAUUGGUCUCUCCUCCACCUGGCUCUUUCAUUCAAUUGGGGGAGUAGGCGGGUCCCGAUUGCCGAGAGCAACCCGCGAGCAACGGGGCGAGGUGUUGCGGAGACCUUGGGACUCAGGACCGCACAAAGGACCUGAUGCCCGAGCCAGGUCUUCAGGAAUAAGCGGGAGGUUGUUUUGUUUAAGGUGCGGGGCACUGUACUAAGUGCUUUACCUGCAUUAUCACAACUGUAGUGAUGCAGACUAGCAUUCUCGCCAUUCUGUUGUGGAAGCUGAAGCCUCAGUAACGUUGCUUCGCUUAUUCAAUAAGUGAUGAGUCAGAAAUCGACUUCCCAAGCCUAGUCUCAACCAUACCUCUGCACUGUCUCUCUACUAUUCUAUAAGCCAACUGUUUGACAUAUUCUUUGAACAUCUUUUGUUCAGCUCUGUAUUCGUGGGCCCUCUGAGGGGAUACAGCGAGAUAGAAGCCCCAGCCUCUGUCUUCUAGGUUGUGUACACCUGAAUCAGUUGACUAAAAAGGCAAAGCGCUCCAGUGAGUGGUGCUGGCUGUUCAGAGGAGGGACAGACAGAUGGCAAUCAGAGUGCAUCAGGAAGAAUGCUGACCUGAGCUGGGUGUGAUUUGGAAGAUCAAUGGAAGGCAUUCCAGGUCGGGGGCAGCCAAAGCAAAGACUCACAGGAUUCUGCCCUGGCCUUCAGCUUUUCAUCUGAUGGCUGGCAUCUUGGGGAUCUUGUUUUCGUAAGAUUGUUGGAAUUCCUGUGAUCGUCAUAUGAAAGCUUCCCCUGGCCUCAUCACAUCCUAUAUCCUGGAGUUGUCCUAAGGAACCUCGGUGUAGACACCCGAGUAUCAAGUUCUCUUCCAGAGGAAUUCUCCAGUCUUGGUGGUGUGUGGACCCCAUUUGGGGUAUCUUUUGGCAUGAUAAUCUCCUGACAUAGCUCUCUAUCCCCAGGUGUAAUUUGUCCAUUUUUGAAAACAGGCCCUGCUCCCUCUAUUCAGAACUGCCAAACCUGUAUCUGGAAGUGUCUCCCAACCUUGGGAGUGCUCAAGUUCAGUUGGAUACUCUGCUUCGUUCUGGAAAAAAAAUAUGUGGGCUCCAGCUCAGGCAGUAUCAAGACAGGCCAGGCCUGCAGACCCUCCAAGAGGACAAAACCCCUCUUCCUUGCUGUGAAGCUGGAUUCGUCUUACUGAAUGUGAGACCGUUCCUCUACCUGUUACCUUUUCUUCUGUGUGAUAUUCACAUGCUCACAUUCAGUCAUGCGUGUGAGCAUGCCUUUUUUCCCAGAACCUCCAUGGUCUCUUCCCCAGUUCUGCUGCAGCUGCUCCUCAGCUCAGGCCCCAAGGCACAGCAGUCCCUGUGGCAGUAGAUAAUGUCUUCUGGGGAGGCAGCAACAUUUGAGGAUCUGACCAAAGACUGGAAGUAUUAGGAAGCCCCUCGGAAGGACUGCAGCAGAGGCAUAAUGCUGAACAGUUACGAGAACAUGGUCCCUCAGGGAGACUUCUUACAAUUCUCCAUGACACCACAGAGAGCUGGAAAUGAUCCCCCUGGUGUUUCAAAUCCAAGUGAAACAGAAACGGAGAUAAGUACCAUGAGAGAAAAGUUUCUCACCAGCGUGACCAAGUUGGUAGAAAGCAAAAGUUACAACAGCAAGGUAUUUUCCAAAGAAAAGUACUUUCAAACAAUCAAGGAAGUCAAAGAAGCUAAGGAGAAGGGGAAGAAGUCAUCACGUGAUUAUCGCCGUGCAGCAAAAUAUGAUGUGAUUUCUGUAGCAGGCACAGAGAAACUCAUAGAGGCUGCUCACAGAGAACCAGAUCGGAUACGGUAUUACGUACACAAGGAAGAGCUGUUUGACAUCCUUCACGACACACAUCUCAAUAUUGGCCAUGGCGGGCGGACACGCAUGCUCAAGGAGCUGCAAGGCAAAUAUGGAAAUGUCACCAAAGAAGUCAUUGUCUUAUAUCUGACUCUGUGUAAACAAUGCCACCAGAAGAACCCAGUACCCAAGAGAGGCCUUGCACCCAAGCCCAUGCCAUGUAAGGACAAUGACUCCAGAUGCCAAGUUGAAAUCCUUGAUAUGCAGUCAAAUGCUGAUGGGGAGUUCAAGUUCAUUUUGUAUUACCAGGACCACUUAACCAAGUUCAUUAUUUUACGGCCAUUAAAAGCCAAGCAGGCCCAUGAGGUAGUCAGUGUCCUGUUGGAUAUUUUCACAAUUCUUGGUCCACCCAGCGUGUUAGAAUCUGACAGCGGCAUAGAGUUCACAAACCAGGUUGUUAAUGAGCUCAAUGAGGUAUGGCCAGACCUAAAGAUUGUCCUUGGUAAGUCCCACCCUGGCCAAGGCCAGGGCUUCCUGGAGCGAGCAAGCCGUGAUGUCAAGACCAUGCUGAGUGCCUGGAUGCAGAGUAACCACUCCCAUCAUUGGACCGAAGGCCUGCGAUUCAUGCAGGUGGUGAGGAAUCAGGCCUUUGAUGGUUCCUUGCAGCAGAGUCCAUACGAGGCAAUGUUUGGUUGUAAAGCCAAAUUUGGACUCUAUUCCUCACACUUGCCCCGGGAAACCGUGGCUGUUUUACACACAGAAGAGGAGCUAGAAAUUGCCGAAGAACAACUGGAAAGCAGCCUCUGGGUCAGGCAGGAAGAGAGGGCUGAGGUUGGAGCAGACCGGUCUGACAUGGACGAGGACGUUGAUCCCACACCUCUCGAAGCCUUGGAGCCCAGCACCUCCCAGGCAGCCUCAGGUCUCUUCUCCUGGUGAACAGACAUCUGCUAAGUGGACGCUUAGGGCCUCUGGGUACCGUAGAGCCACCUGAGAGCUGUAACCAAGACUCCAGAUGAAAGGAGUGAAGGCCACUCUCUCAGGAAUGCUGUUCUUGGUAGUCCUGAGUCAGAGGGGGAGGCGGCUCCGGUCUCUGAUCUCACCUGCCCUAACAAAUUCCCACAAACCUGGAGGCUUAAAGCAGCAGAACUUUGGGGACUUCCCUGGCAGUCCAUGGUUGAGACUGUGAGCUCUAAAUGCAGGGGGAACAGGUUUGAUCCUUGGUUGGGGAACUAGGAUCCUGCAUGCU